GCCCAGGCUGAUGUGAAAGACCAGACAGCCCAGGCUGGUGUGAAAGACCAGACAGUCCAGGCUGGUGUGGAAGCCCAGACAGCCCAGACUGGUGUGAAAGACCAGACAGCCCAGGUUGAUGUGAUAGACCAGACAGCCCAGGCUGGUGUGAAAGACCAGGCUGGUGUGGAAGCCCAGACAGCCCAGGCUGGUGUGAAAGACCAGACAGCCCAGGCUGGUGUGAAAGACCAGACAGCCCAGGCUGAUGUGCACCUGUUGAUUGAGGAGUGUCAAUGAUCACUUGUCACAGUGUUAGGUUAAACCUACACCUAAUAUUAUGCUUACCUAGAAUACCUAAUUAAUUACAGUUGAUAAUUGCUUAAAGAAAACCAGACCUGUUUUAUAUCUCUACAGUGGGACACGUAGACCUUGGUCUACAUAGUAAGCUAAUGAAUUGGUUAUUGGCUUGUUGGAAUUAUACAUGGUUAUUUUGGCUGGGGAUGAUUUUGUAGGCUGCUUAAAUAAAUAAGUUUAAGCUAAAAUAAAUUAAACAAAUUACAUUCGUACUAGUGAAGUGGCUUACUUGAGUUUUUCCCAUAUUGGUUGGGAUUCCACUCCAAAAUCUCCAUCUGUUUUGUCCUUAAGACAAAAAUUGGAUUACCAGGCAUGGCUACUCGUUAUCAAUUGGUCUGUAAUGAGUUGUACUGUAGGCUAACUUUAGGGCAUUGGUGUUUAUUUCUAAGCUGGCUUUACGAGGAAGCAGGGGUCAGGAGUUUCCGUUUGGCACACGAGGCAGUAUCUCAGUGAAUGAAGACUUGAGAGAAGGGAAGAGAAGCUCCUCGGAACUGACGGGGAUUCAGGCCUUGGAAUUUGGAACAUUUAGACCAUUGAGAAGAUGGAACAGCUGGCACCACUGAGACAUCCAAUGAAGAUAGCUAACAUUCCGUGGAGGAAUAACAACCUCAGUCAGCUAUACAAGGAGCCUCCUCUGUCGGAACAGGGAGAGACUGUCAUCGGAGUUUACCUGUUGCUGAUAGGUUGGCUGUCGUUGUUAGGCAACAGUCUCGUGAUAUUGGUGCUGUACAGACAGAGGGCCACCCUGCUGCCUACAGACUUCCUCACGUUGAACCUGGCUAUCUCGGACGCUAGCAUCUCCAUGUUCGGGUACUCCAGAGGGAUUUUGGACAUCUUUAACCUCUUCGGAGAUGACGGCUUUUGGAUCACCUGGAUCUGGACCUGCCAGGUUGAUGGCUUCUUCACCUUGUUGUUUGGCCUGGCCAGCAUCAACACCCUGACUGUCAUCAGUGUCACCAGAUACAUCAAGGGAUGCCAGCCUAACAAAGCCUACUGCAUCAGUUUAAGCACCAUCUGCAUCUCUCUAAUGUUCAUCUGGGUUGGAGCUUUGUUCUGGUCUGUCGCUCCACUGCUGGGCUGGGGCAGCUACACAGACUGCGGGUACGGGACCUGUGAGGUGGACUGGUCCAAGGCUAACUACUCCACCAUCUACAAGUCCUACAUCAUGUCCAUCCUUAUCACCUGCUUCUUCGUCCCGGUCAUGGUCAUGGUUUUCUCCUAUAUAGCCAUCAUCCAUACAGUGGUGAGCAGCAACGCCAUGUCUGCUGAUGGAUACCUCUCAGCCAGACAGAGGAAGGUGGAACGAGACGUCACGAGGGUCUCCAUAGUGAUCUGCACAGCCUUCAUCAUGGCAUGGUCUCCCUAUGCUGUGGUCUCCAUGUGGUCUGCCUGUGGUUACCACGUCCCCAACAUGACUUUAAUCUUCACCCGUCUCUUUGCUAAAUCCGCCUCCUUCUACAACCCCUUCAUCUACUUCGGAAUGAGUUCUAAGUUCCGUAAGGAAGUCUUUGUGCUGUUGCCGUGUUACGGUGGCUCCGCCCACAAGGAAGUGGUCCGCCUCAAGAACUUCCAGGAGCUUGACGAGCUGAAGCUGAAAGACCAUCCCGAGGCCACGUCCCUUCCUGUGAUUCCUGUGAUCUCACUUCCUCUGCAGUCAAGAAAGGGUAAAUAUAGUGAAGAAGAGAUGCUGCAGACAGAAGGUUCCGUGGCUCAGGAUUCAGACUCAGGGGUGAAUAGUCCAUCCCACACGCCGCCUACUGUCAGUCAGGAGUCACUCUACUACAUUCCCAAUGUACCCCUUACCCCUCUACCCAGCAUGCACUCUGAGAUGCCAGAGUACGAGAGUGAAAGACUCUAAAAAUCUCUAAAUGUGUAUCCAAAAUGGCACCUUACACUAUUAGAAAAAAAAGGUGCUAUCUAGAACCUAAAGGGUUGUACCCCAUAAGAGAACCUAUUUCAUGUAGAACCCUUUUUCUACCUGAAACCAAAAAGGUUUCUACCUGGAACAGAUAUGCGUUCUCCAUUGAGGACAGAACCCUUUCAGAACCCUUUCAGAACCCUUUUAGAACCCUUUCAGAACCCUUUUAGAACCCUUUCAGACCCCUUUCAGAACCCUUUCAGAACCCUUUUAGAACCCUUUCAGAACCCUUU